UCUUCAAAUGCCCAAAAUACAAAAUGGGACAUUGUUCAUUCUUCAACGCAUUGAUUGUUGUAUUAUACGACGCAUGUAGUACAUGUGAACCAAGUGACGCUGAACUAUAAUCUGUAUGUUUACAAAUAUACAUAAUUAAAAUCAACUCAAAAUGUUUCUUUAUUUGACGAUUUGAGCACAAGAAAUAGACAUGAAUAAAGUGACCAAGCUGAAUCCGUCGAUUGACAUAAUUCCUUUGCAAGGAUCGAGCAGUGAUAUCAGAUAUAAAACAAUGAGUAAUCGAAGACCUGGACUUAAUCCUGGCUCUAUUUAUGGUGAUUCUCUGAUCCUUGACAGAGUGCAAAUGUAUUUGUACGAAAACGAGGACAAAGUUUACGUAGACAUAAAUAAAAUGUCAGACACCAUCCAAAAAAAGUAUCGUGAAUACCGUAACAAAAAGCGAGGUCCGUUCAGGGAAAUGGUACGCAAAGCGUAUGAUGCCAUUAAUGAAAGUAUCAGCACCAGACCUCAGUGGAAAGAAGAUGAAGACGAAGUUGAAUUGUCUGAUUCCCAAAACGAUCAAGAUGAAGUCUUGAGAUUGUAUAAGAGGAGUUUGAGUAGAAAAAAUGGAAAUACCAGUGACAAAGAGCUAAUUGAUAUAAGCAGUGACGACGAUCAAAGAAAGCUUGAUGUAAUGCCUUGUAAGAAGGACACUGAUGGAUCUGAAACAAAUGAAAGGUCGCGGAAAAGAUCCAUGUAUCAGAGUGCCAAUUCAACUGAACAGCCGAGAGAUCAAACAAAUUUCACUCCUUCGGAGGUGAAUUCAAACAGGUUUUCCUUAUUGGAAGGCUCUUCAGAGAAGCCGGGGAGAAAGCGUCAAAAACGUAACGAUGGCACUCCGGGAUAUGGUAUUAUUUCCCGGAAAAGAGUAGAUGUAUCCCUUGCUGACCAGAAAGUAACAUUUGCCAAUAUUGGUGGAUGCGCAAAGAUUCUAGACUCUAUAUGUAAAUUAUUAAUUCACAUGAAACAUCCAGAAGUUUAUAAACAAUUAGGUAUAUCUCCGCCCAGAGGAUUUUUACUGUAUGGACCGCCUGGAUGUGGAAAGACAUUAUUGGCUUAUGCAAUUGCAGGGGAAUUGAAUAUGCCUUUAUUGAAAAUCGCCGGCCCAGAACUUGUAGCAGGAGUUUCUGGUGAAAGUGAAGCAAGAAUUCGAGAAUUAUUUGAUCAAGCCCUAGCAUUAUCACCUUGUGUUCUUUUCCUUGACGAAAUAGACGCACUUGCUCCACACAGAGCUACAGCUCAAAAAGAAAUGGAACGUCGUAUUGUUUCUCAAUUGCUAGCAUGUUUGGACGAUUUAGGCAAAAAGGAAAAUGGCAAUAGAGUAUUGGUCGUGGGAGCAACAAACCGACCAGACGCUUUGGAUCCAGCACUAAGACGAGCGGGGCGCUUCGACCGUGAGGUUUCUCUAGGAAUUCCCGAUAAGAAAGCAAGACAGUCAAUUUUAGCAGUCCACACUGCCAAUGUAAAACUCUCUGCAGAUGCAGAUUUAUCUCGUUUAGCUUCUCUAACUCCAGGUUUUGUUGGUGCCGAUUUAGUGGCGUUAAUUAGAGAGGCUUCGAUGGCAGCAAUCAACAGAAUGUUUAUGGACAUGAAAGAAAAAAUAAUAAAUGAGGAAACAGCAAACAUAGAGAACGAAAAUAAUAGAAUAUCAAUGGAUGAAGAAGUAACUGAAAUAAUGGCUGCUGAAAUAAAGUUGACCGAGGAAGAACAGAAAAGUCAAGAAUCUAUAACAGAACAGGAAAGGAAAGAAAAAAUUAAUAAAGUAGACUCCGGGUUACAGCAUUGUGAACACAAACCGUCUGAAUCAGAAGUGAUUAUUGAGGAAGAUACUACGAUAAUACCCACAAAUUCUCUUGAAUAUAAUACACCCGUCAUGUGCGAAGCGGAGGUUAAAAUGUGUAAAACUAUUCCAGAAAAAGGUCUAGCGGCGGAAAUCAUCUCUAAAAACGGGGCAGUUGAAAUUAAAAAAAAUGCACAACUAGAACAGUCUCAAGAACUGAAUCUUUUAUCUUGGUUGCAUAAUGAACCGCUUAUUUCUUCUAAACAUUUAGAAACCUUAUUUGUAGAGCAAAGAGAUUUUGAAGCAGCACUUUGUAUUGUUCAACCUUCUGCAAAAAGAGAGGGCUUUGCUACAGUGCCUGACGUUACGUGGGAUGAUAUUGGAUCUCUGCAAGACAUUCGACACGAACUGCAAAUGUCGAUACUGGCGCCUGUAAAGCAAGCGGAGCAGUGCGAAUUGCUUGGUUUAUCUACUCCCAGUGGGUUAUUACUGUGUGGACCACCUGGUUGCGGGAAAACCCUUAUGGCAAAGGCAAUAGCUAAUGAGGCAGAAAUCAAUUUUAUUUCAGUUAAAGGACCUGAACUGUUGAAUAUGUAUGUUGGCGAGAGUGAACGUGCUGUUCGACAGUGCUUCAUGAGAGCUCGAAAUUCGGUCCCUUGUGUCAUAUUCUUUGAUGAGUUAGAUGCCUUGUGUCCUAAGAGAUCGGAAGGAGAUAAUUCAUCGACUUCAAGAGUUGUCAAUCAAAUGUUGACUGAAAUGGAUGGAAUCGAAGGAAGAAAAGGAGUAUUUGUAAUGGCUGCGAGUAAUCGACCAGAUAUCAUCGAUCCAGCUGUAUUAAGGCCUGGUAGAUUGGAUAAAAUUGUAUACGUUGGAUUACCGACUGCUACUGACAGAACGGAUAUUUUACGAGCUUUGACUAAGAACGGGACGAAGCCAAAACUUGCCGCAGAUGUAAAUCUAUCAGAAAUAGCGAAUGAUAAAAGGUGUGAAGGAUACACGGGUGCAGACUUAGCAGCUUUGAUGAGAGAAGCAGGAAUUCAAGCUCUGACGGAGUUAAUCGCCAAUCCAUCAAUAGUUCCAGAAGUGCGUGAACGACAUGUGAAUGCCGCUUUCAAUAAAGUGUUACCAUCCGUUCAUGAAAAGGAUAUAAAGCAUUACGAGAAGUUGAAAAAGUUGUAUACAGUUACAUCAAAUUUGUUGGAUAUUCCACUGAUGGAGAUGCCUGUUCAUGGAUUAAUAGACACCAUCAUGGAAGAAAUGGAGACCUGAGAAAGGGGUUCUUUGUUGAAAAUGACGCUUUUUACUAUCAUUAAUGACUACUAUCCUUUUAUCACUAUAAUGUACCAAACUUUCGUAAAAGCCAGAAUACUGAAAGCAGAUAAAAUAGCUUCUUUAACCAUUUAAUGUAAAGCGUAAAAUAUUUUGAAAUAUAAGUAUUAUAUAGCAA